AUGGCCCCGCCCCUCUGCCCCCGCCGCCCUCCGCGAGCGCCCUCUGCCGGGCGUGCCCUGCUCGGCUCGCUCUCCCGGAGGCCGCGCCCCCCUGGCCCGUCGCGUGGACCCGUUACUUACAGUCGCCCCGCCAACAGCUGGGCCCACGUGCUGUCGUCAACGCCCACGUGGUGUCAGCGCGUCCUCGCCUGCUCGUCAGGCGGAGCCGGGGCAGCAAACUCCUUCGGCGGCGCCGGUGGGACCUCGAGGGGCUGGAAGCCUGGGGGCGAGAACGGGGACAGCUCGGUCCGCGGGUUCCCCGCUGCCGUGGGCACCGGCCCAGCGGCGCACUCACUCCCGCAGUCUGCCUUGGUCUCUAUCACCCUCACUCUGGAAGCGGCCCUGACCCACCACCCCAUCCUCCUAGGCCGCACCCCUCCCGUCUCUCUCUCCCGGAACGAAUUUCAGUUCACCCCAAGGCCCUGGCCCCAGAUCCCCGGGAAGAGGAUCCGGCACAAGGGCAGACAGAAACUUCCCACGUGUCUUGCAAAGAGGAAAGGAGAAGGUGGCAACCACCUCGCGGAUCGCCAGCGCGGCCUCCAGGGCGGUCCCCACGCACCCCGAUCCCGCGCCCCCUGGACUCGGCUGCUCGAUCCUCGGUGCGCUCGGGCCGCACCGUCCCCGGCGGGGCGCGCGGCCCGGGGUCCCCUCCUCCCUUCCCUCCGGGCGCCGGGCCUGCGGGCGGGCGAGCGCCCCGAGAGCCUCGCCCUUUCCUCGCGCCAGGGUCCCAACCGUCGGGGGAACGCGGCGAACGCCGACUCCGACCUCGGGAACCGAAACCCGCCCGGUGGCCCGGCCGCCGCGUCGCUCCGCAUGGGCGGCUACCUGGGCAGGCCGGGGUCCCCGCCGUCGUCCCCGGCCCGGGCGCGCGCGCACGCCACCGAGCAGGUGCAGCGCGUCCACCGCGCCCACCCCGCGCCGCGGCACCGGCCCCCCCGGAGGCCGCCCGGCCGGGACCCCGCGGGCCGCCUCGACGAGGCCUGGAGGCGCUUCCCCAUGAAGAGGCCCCGCAACGCCAUCGUGGGGCCGCUGCCGUCGGACUGGUGGGACAGCUACUUCAGGCGCAGCGUCUGGUCCCUCCGGCACCCGCGGGCGCGGCGGAGCCCAGUCACCGUGAGGAUCGCGCCCCCCGAGCCCUGGCCCACGGGCGCGAUCCGCUCCGCUGGGCCCCCGGCCUCCGAGAAGCCCCCGGACCCCUGCGCAAAGGAGACGGUGCUGCGGGCGCUCCGGGGGUGCACGAAGGGGAGGGCGGGCUGGGAAGACCCGCCGCGUCCCGGGGGCCUGCAGGCCGCCAGGCGGAGCCCGGACCCCAGGCCGUCCGCAUUUCGGCCCCUGCUGAGAAACGGGGUCCUCGCGUCUUUCGAGCCCCGGCCGGGGCCGCUGAGGAGAAGCCCGGACUCCCUGGGCCCGGACCGCAGCGCGAGCGGGGGCCCCGGCUGCCCCUCCCGGAGCCCCGCGGCUCGCGCGCACUCGGGGGGCCCCCCGCGCUCCCCGAGAAACGCCAUCAGCAGCUCUUACAGCUCGUCCAGACCGCUCGGCGCGCCCGGGAAGCGAAGGGCGCCCGGUGCGGCCCUGCAGCCCCCAGAAUGGCCGGUGAGAAAGAAAGGAAAGGGUCGCCGGUCUCCGUCUCCAGGGCCACCGCCACCGGCCAGGUCCCCGGCGGCGUCCGGCGGCUCUGAGCCGCAGGGUCAGGGGCCUCCGCGGCCGCCGCGCAGCCCUGGGACCCCGGGUCCACCUCCCGGGCUCGGCGAUGCGGACCCUGACGAGGACCAGGCCUCGGGGCAUGAAGUCGGGCUCCGGUGGAGCAGUACAGCCCGAGAGGACGGGACCGAGGUCCCCACACGCUGUGUCCCCGAGCCGGGCUCCGCCGCUCAGCCUGCCGCGUCUCCCGGUCCGCCCGGUGCAGGCACAGCUCGAACCCAGGACGCGGAUCCGCGGUCGGGAAGCUUCGCAGAGACGCGGGAGCCUCCGGCGGCCUCGCCACCGUCCCCCGGCCGGGCGGCCCCUGCGGCGCUCUCGCCCCUGAAGGAAGUCAGCCCGCUGCCCUCACGCGGCUGCUCGCAGCCAGAGCCCCUUCCGCGCCCCUCUCCUGACUCCGAGUCCGCAGCCACCUGGCUCCGUCUGACCCCUGCUUCCGCCCCGCCGCCAGCCUCGGACGCCACCAGGCCACCCCCCGCGGCUCAGGCCGGCGGGACCGCCGCGCCCCCGGAGCGGCCGGCCCUCAUCCCCGCACCGCCCGCCGUGCAAAGGGUGGCCUUUCUGGGCGGCCGGGCUCCCCUCCCCCCUGCAUCUGCGCCUCCUGCGGCAGCUUCUGCCCACCCCACGCCACACCCCACUUUGGCGCUCCCGCCCAACGGCGAGAUCGGAGACUCCUUACGUCCCAGCAUUUCGGCCACCGCCUCGGCACCUUCAGCCCCGGGUCUCUUGGCCCCUACCUUCAGGCCCAUCUUUGGCCGCGGAGGACCCCGUCAAACCGGGCCCGGGGUCGCUCCUUCCUCUUCCGGGCACUCCUCGCCCCCCGCUCCCCCUGCUUCCCCCCAUCUCCUCCGCAGCCUGCUCAAGGCUACCGCCGUGGUCGUGUCCGCCACCCCGGCCCGCGCUUCCCAAGACUCUCCUUUCCCGCCCCCCGUGGACAUCGGCGCGGUGAGUCUCAGCGGUGCCGUGGACCAGGCUGACCGCGCCCCCGCCUGCCGCGCGUUCCUUCUCGGGGCCUCCUGUGCCUUCAGGGCCUGCUUCUCCCAAGCCACCAGCUUCAUCUUCCCCCCACCCCCGCGUGCCCCGGUCCCUGCCGUGCACACGGUCACCAUCUUCAGCCAGGUUCUUUCCGGAGCUGUGCAGAUGCCCCCUCGUAAGAGCUCUGCCGCUGUGCGCGGCCCGCCUCUGCCAGCCUCCGCGCCCGCGGCAGGGAGCCGGUCGGCAUUAACGGCCCGAGCCUCCGGCGUCGGCUCCGCACUCCCCGCGCCCUCGGGGGCGCGCUCAAGGCCCCCCUUCCCCCCCUCCUCCGGAGCCCCUCUCCAGCCGGCACUUGGGGCUCCAGAUGGGCAGGAGCAGGGGGCACCCCCGGCCCCGCCGGGCCCGAGUGUCACUAGUCCUUUCGGUCCGGGGACGUGGGCAACGGCAGCCCCCGCCCCGACCCCGGCUGGGCCAGCCUUCGGUAAGACCGCGCGGUCGGCCUCUGGGGGUCUGACGCUCUCCGCCUCCACCUGUCGCGUCCCCUCCGCCCCCUCCGGCGUCCCGCCAAACUUGGGCAGCGCUCUGGCGGGGUCUCCCUUUGGCCAAACCGGCGCAGCCGGCUUUGGAGCUGCGGCCCAGACCCGCCGGAGCGGGGCGGCCGGCUCCGUGUUCGGCAGCACGGCCCCCCGGCCUUUUGCCUUCGGGGGAUUGGUGACCCCUAUGGACUGCGCGGAGUCCGGGGUCAGUGUGACCGCCCCGGACAGGAGCUCCGACUCUGGAGCGUUGGGCACCGCAGCACUGCGAAGUGGGACCACGGGCCCCGCCCUCACGCCCUUCGGGAAAGGCCGGAGCCAGAACACCCGGGGCCUGGCCAGCCAGAGCAAGCCUUUGGUCUUGGGGAGGACCAACACCUUGGCAAGAAAGACUAUGUUUGGGGGCCCCGGCAUGGCCCCCUUUGCUCAGAGCACCCCUUUCCCCGGGCCCCUUACCAGGAGCAGCGGCCUUGGCUUUGGGAUGGCCUCUCCACCUGCCCACAGUUCUGUUGGGAGAGGACGUUUCAGACCAUCGGCCUCUUCAUUUUCCAUUGGAGCAAAAUCGAAACCCCCAAAGAGUCGGGAACAGGCGCAUUCCCGAAGGCAUCACGCCCACAAGAAGUAGCCGGUGCCCCCCGUCCCCUGGUCUGGGCCUCCGUAUUGUGACGAGCUCGGUGCCCUCCAAUUCUCUAACGCAAACAGACCCCAGAUCUAAGGCUGGAGCUUCCACAUACUCACCCUGAUCCAUCAUCUGGAAGAAAUCAGAGGACCAAGUACCUCGUGGUAACAGCGGAAUGAAACCGGGUGGAACCAAACCUCUGGAGUUGAAGAAACUCUCCUUCUUGCCCACUCCUCUCCGUGUCAGGUCAUGAUCCUUGCGGCGUGAGCCAGAACUGCCCAAGUCAGGGGACCGAAGUCUACACUUCAUUUUUUUUUUUUCUUUUAAUUUCUACCUGGCGAAAUCACCGCUCCACAUGCACAUCUCUCCCGGAGGGGACAGGCCGGGGCAGGAAGCCUCUAGCACCUGAGAAGCAAGGGAGAACAGCAGAUACCCGGCAGACCUGUUCCCUAACCAAGGGAAGUAAGAAGCAACACAGUCCUCAGCACUAGUGAACCCACGAAAGGAGGCGAGAAUGACGCCCGCGCUCCGUCUAUCUCCUGCCUUAUGGAUCCCUUGAAAGAGGCCCAGGGGGAAAAAGAAUCUUAAACCGG